AUGAGUAACGGAGUUCGUCGAAUUAAAAGGCUACAACACAAACAUCGUAAUAAUAAUAAUAAUAAUUCAUUACCACCACACAAACAUGGUAAAUGCGAUGGUUUUCAGCGGCAGGUUCGACGAUGUAAAGGACGAGGGCUACGGAAUGAUAAUUUAUUACUACAACUCCCGGAGGAGGUUUUAACCGAUGAGAUACUCAUCCGGUUACCGGCCAAACAGCUUGCUCGAAUGAGGUGUGUUUCUAAACCCUUUAAUGGCUAUAUAUCUCAACCUCGCUUUAUUAAGUCUCAUCUUGAUCGUAAUUUAGUCCGUAACAACAGCAAAGAUAAUGAAAUCCUUUUGGUCAUAAACCCCAAUACUGUGUUCACAAAACGAGUUCAGGUAACAGCACACCCCUCUCGAUCCCCUGAUAUCCAACUCAAUGAUCUUAUUAAGCUGCCCCCGAUUUCCCAUGUCCUAACUCCGAAUGGAAGCCCCUCUAGAACUCAUGAGGAUCUCUCGUAUAAAAUCCAGUUUGGUUAUGAUCCCAAAUCUGAUGAUUACAAAGUUGUUAAGCUUAUGGACCAUUGUGAACCCGAAAUGCAAGUUGAGGUGUACAGUAUGAGAAAAGGGACAUGGCAAUUCAUAUCCGAACGCUUUCCCUCUAGAGCUCAUCCGGUUGAUUGUGGAAACAAAGUCAUAGCUGGUUGUCAUGAUGGACAUGUUUAUCGAUGGGGUAUAUCUUUGAAUUUGAGAUGUGGGUAA